AUGCCUACCCUUCGAUAUCACAUUGUGGAUGUUUUCUCCUCCGACGCUUACAAGGGCAAUCCACUGGCUGUAGUCGAAAACACCUCCGACAGCCUCAACACCACACAAAUGCAACUGAUAGCCCGCCAAUUCAACUUGUCCGAGACGACUUUUGUUUGCCCUCCGACAGACCCCAAAGCCACUCUCCGAUUGCGAUCCUUUCUCCCCAAUGGAGAAGAGGUUUUUGGAGCGGGUCAUAACUCACUCGGCGCGUGGUGGUGGGCUGCUGAUUCGGGGCUUUGUUCCACACCUCAGAACCAAGCUAGGUGUCUUUACCACCAACAGCUAGGACAGGCGAUUUUGCCCGUGGAAAUCUCCCAGUCAUCUUCCGGAACCAUUUCUAUUUCUAUGCAACAGGGAGAACUUCAGCUUUUGGACAGCCAUGCCAAUAAAGCCGUAUUAGCUGAGACUCUCGGGAUCACGGCUGCAGAUAUCGGACUGCAAGACUCGGCGGGGAAUACGGUGCUUGAUGAGGUCCGCGUUGUGACCACUUCUCCGGCGCGCCACCUCUUGGUUCCUGUUCGCAGCAAGGAAGCGCUCGAUCGAGUCACAUUCACCAAUAAGGAACGAAUUGCCCAAGAGCUUGCUAGCACCAAUAGCCAUAAUAGUGGAGUGUAUGUCUUCACAGCUGUCGAUGGCCGAUGUGAUAUUCCUAGAUUCGAGGCUCGAUUCUUUAGCCCUAGCAUGUCGAUGGAAGAUCCGGCGACUGGGUCUGCUGCUGGGCCGUUGGCGGCCUAUUUGUGGACCACUGCCAAUCCAGCAAUUUUAGCAUCACAGAAGACUAAUGGAGGGAUUGCCUAUGUUGAGGUGAUUCAGGGCUUGAAAACUGGCAGAGAAUGCUUGAUGAAGUUGGCCAUUGAUGACCAAGGAUCAUCGGUUGACCUUGCUAUAUCUGGCACAUGUGUGUUGGUGGCCGAUGGAAAUAUUGUCAUACCUUCGCCUGAAAUUGUCUUUAAGAGCGAUGGGAGUUGUUGA